UUUUUUUUUUUUUUGCCUUCAAUUCAGCGCCAGUUUUUUUGUAUUUUUACAUUCGUUUCUGCUCCAAUGAAGCUCAAUUCGGAGUUCCAAUCAAACAGCUGGGCGCGUAGAAACCACAGGUCGACGUUCCAGCGGCUAUCGCAAAAACACCCGUUCCUAUGCGUUGGCCUGCCGUUCCUUCUGGCGGUAGUCGGCGGAUCGUUUGUGCUUCUGCCGGGGCAAGAGACCAAAUACGAGGUGCGCGACAAGCAUGUGCGCAAUGUCACGCUUGACGAGGCCAAGGGCGAGAAGCGCAAGUUCAAUUUGCAGGAAGAGUACUUUAGAAUGCAGAGCCAGGGUGCGUGGGGCGAGUGGGAGCCCAAGCGCGUGGACCGGCCAGCCGACGAAGAGCCCGUGUUUGAUCGCUACGACAAGUAGACAUGGCUGCAGGAGCGUUUUUAAUAGAUUUUUUCUGUCAGAUACAUGAAGAGCAUUUUUAUCCUUAGCGUC